AUGGCACGCUCCGUUGACUCUGCUCAUGAAGGCCUACGCGUCAUCAAGGCUUCUGCUACCGGUUCAUCCGGCCGAAUUCUACCAGUAGAACUGCUGGUCGACUCUGGUUCGGAUCUGACAUUAAUAUCAUCCUCGUCGGCGAGCAUUAUGGGCUUCAAAGUGACACCAGCUAGGGGGCUCAAAAAGCUCGAAUCGGCUGGGUCGCUAGGCUCCAUCUGCGUGAUAGGACAGGCUCGGGUUCCGAUAGUUGUCAAGGAUAAGGCAGGCCAUGACCUCUCCUUUAACUUGCAGCUCAAUGUUGCCGACGGGCUCAAUAUGAAACUGGGCAGGUCCACUAUAAUUUUGGGGAUGGAGACCCUCAAGCGUUUGGAGGCCACCUUGCAUACUACGGAUGAUACACUCUAUUGCGGAGCACUGGGUUCAACUUGGUCCUUGUCACCUUAUAGCGGCGGGAGCAUCUCCAGCGUUCUCACCGAUACACGGCUCAAGUUGCCCACUAGGAGUAAGGUGGACGAACGCCUUAAGGGAUGGUCGUUCCCCAAGGUCACUGUCCAGCUAAAACCUGGUGCUGUGCGACCCUGUCCCAAGCGGCCAUAUGUGUGUCGUAAGCGCGAGAUGCAGGCCAUGGAGCUCAUGGUCAAGAACCUCGAGAAGAGCGGGAUCAUCACUCGCCUAUCACGCGCGGCGGUCGAUCAUCGUCAAGUCUGGAUCUCUCCUGCGUUUGCG